CAUACAGUCACAUUUUACAGGCUUAUGGCAACGAGAAGACAAAGGAAAGUAUGCGGAUAGCGGAGGCGUUCCUUCGGAGCAUUAUGGAGGAAGAAUCCAGCGAACGUGGUUGGAGGACUUCCGGCACGCGUCAGUCGACCCUAGAGCACGUCUACCGCCCGCUCAUGCUUGCUUACACACGGCAACAGCAACCCGAAGAGGUCGAGAGAUUAUUCGAGGGUAUGAUACAGGCUGGUGGGGAACCGUCCUUGGGGACACUCACGAUGCUCCUUGAUGCAUAUCGAAGAAGCGGUGAUAUUGAAUCUGUUCACGAUAUUUGGCCGCAGAUUUGGCAACUAGCCCUUCGUUUCUCAAAUUUAGGUUCCUU